UGAAUAGUUUGUGUGAAAUCAUGACGCGUCAUACUCCCAAAAUCAGUUCCUAAACUAUCUAUGACAUCAGCGUGUGCUGAGAGGACUUUGUCACCCUGGUAUUAAUACAGUACAUGUUUGGAGUAAUGUUUCAUGCCAACAGGAACAGAAGCACAUGCUGGCUGUAAAGGGAGUUCCACGAGUUCCUCAAGUGCUUGCUGAAAUAUGAGUCACAUGUUACCUCAGAGUGACAGAGUCAUUUUCGAGAACUGGACAACAGUUUGCUCAAACUACGGUCACAUCGAGGGAAUCACUGCGUGAAUGAACAUAGACAUAUUUGACUCCUUACCUUAUUUGUAGGAUUGUGGAUCAGCUGCACUGUAUAAGAAGACAACAAGAGCAAGAGCAAGAGCACGCAUCCAUUUAGAACAGACAGCUACAGCGAGAACUGUUGGACGACACACAUUCCAAGUAGGAUCUUGUCUACUCUAUUGCAAAAUCUUUAAACUGCGUGCGUUGACCUUAGAUUGUUCAGUAGCUUUAAACACAAUGGGUCUGCAUGGCUCUAAAUUUCCUCCAGAAGCUCGGAUUUUAAUGCUGGGCCUCGACGGAUCUGGAAAGUCCACCCUGCUCUACAAGCUGAAAUACAACGUGGCCGUCGUGACCGUUCCCACUGUUGGAUUCAACGUGGAGAUGCUGGAGACCAAAGACAAGGGCUUUGUGCUGACCGUGUGGGAUGUCGGGGGCCAGCAUAUGAUGAGGGUGCACUGGGAGCAUUACUACGAGGACACAGCCGGCCUGGUGUUUGUGGUGGACAGCAAGGACAGGACGCGGAUGGCCGAGGCAAAGCAGGAACUAGAGAAGAUCCUGGGGAAUAAGAGUCUGAAAGGACUUCCGUUGAUUGUGCUAGCUAACAAGCAAGACUUGCCAGGAGCCGCGAGCGCCGGAGAUGUGGCAGAGAUCUUGAACUUGAAGGAGAUUUGUGGCAACAGACACUGGUUUCUUCAGUCAUGUUCUGCCAAGACCGGUGCCGGUUUGGAGGAGUGCUUCAGGAUGAUGGUUCACUUUCUUAAGACUGCAGGAGCAGAAGGAGAGGAAUAUUUACACGGUGGAAGGAAAACAUUUAAAGCGAAGACACAACAGGAUUACUGGUAAAUUGAAUUACUGUUAAAAUCAACGGACAAAAGUUACAGUAACAUGCCAGGAAUAUGCCUUCACAGCAUAACAGAGACACAACAUUUCUCCUUUAAUUUCUUACCUCUCUGUAAAUAUGGAAAGAAAUUACAGCUUCUUUGCACUUUGUUCUGCACUUUAUUUUUCCAAUAACUGAUUAUUACAAUUUACAAAAUGACGCUCCUACAUUCUUACUUGUAAAAAUUUUGUAAUGUUUUUAUUCUCUUCGCUAUUCCAUUCAUAGGUUCUGUUUGGAAAUGAAAUUUUUUCUAUAAAUGUUUUGGGUUUUUUAAAAUCUAUUUAUUUGUACAUUUUUAAACACCGGUAUUGUUAGUGUUUCUUUAGUAAUUAUCUUUGUAUACAUUCUGUAUCUACAUGUUAAAUAUAAAUAAAUAAGUCAACUGAAUUGGAAAUUAAUUGGAACAAAAAAAAAAACAUGUAUAUAAGUAAAUACGCUAAACAUUAAAUAACAAAAUAAUAAAUAUAUUUAUGAAGUUUAUGUCAAUUUCAUAGCCCAAACCAAGAUAGAAUCCUUUGUGGUUGGAGCCCACAGUCUUGUACAAUGAUAUAAUUAUAGAUAUAAUAAUUUAUUUAUCUUCAGUAACCUCCUUGGUUCACAAUGAAUCCAGAGAACAUCAAGAGAAAGGUGGGAAUACAACCAAGAUAAGAUGUCUAUCACAUGGCACCAUGCACACACACACACACACACACACACACACACACACACACACACACACACACACACACACACACACACACACACACACACACACUCCUCUACAUCUAUAAUCUUUGUAUAAAAGGAAGAAAAGCUUUAAACUCAUGUGUUGCUGGAAAAUAUUAAGCUGUGGCUUUGUACCAUUGAGCCGCAUCAUACCACCCAGUCCUUUAACAGCACGUUUAUCAUGUUUUACUGCUUAUGUAAUACAUAAUCAUUGUUCGAUUACUUGAUCAUGUGAUAAACAGCGCUGUGGAGGGAGUAGAUUCUUUAUUCAGCAGGCAUGUUACACCAUAAUGAUCCCAGCACUCAGGAUCGAGAACGCAGCCGUAUUUAUUUACACUUGACCUUGACUUAAUCAAUAGAUGCUUACACUGAUGGGCCUUCGAGCAAGACUCUUAACCCUCAUCUGCAUGCGUCAUCACAAUUAUGAGCAUCUUUGGGUAAAGAACAUCUGCCAGCGGAAGAAUUAUAAAUCUGAAACAAGAACGUUAGCUACCUGGAGCCAAGACUGAGAAAACUGGCCAGAAAAUCAUACAAAAUACCUUUUCCAUGUGUUUUAAAUUAGCAUUUUGAUUUAGAUAUCAAUUAUGAAAAACUUUCAAGCACUAGAAAUGAAAAAGAAUUAUCAUUUUUCAUUUAUAACUGCCACUCAAAAGAUAACCUCGUGCAUUUAAGACACUCAUAUAUGUACAUAUUUCGUAAAAUAGCACCUAAUGUUUUUUUUAAGGGACGAGGCUUUUGGAAAAUCACAUUAUUUCUGAUAUGAAGAUUUAUUAAAGCUUUUUCUCUUUUUUUUUCUUUUGUAGGUUGUUUUAAAUACAGUGACACUGAACAUGAUGAUAUGACAUCAUACUAUGUGAUCAGAUAACAUGUGUAGGUGUAUUUCAACAUUUUCUGCUCUUACAUUUGUGUGAAUAAUCAUGUGUGAGCUCAUGUUAUACCUUAUUAUAUGGGGUCUAAAAGCCAUAUGAUUAUUUGCAUGUGAAAAGCAUCUGAUUUGCAAUGCAGUUAUAAUAAAUACUAAUACACUGAUAGAUAGAAUUCAUAUCUCUAUUCUUGUUUACAUCCAAUUGCUUUUUUUUGGGUAAAUCUUUGUGUUUAUACACAUUAUUAUUCUUACUAUUAUUCAUUUUAUAAACUUUGUUAUCUAUAUUUAUGCUUCUCUAUUAUUAUUAUUAUGCACCAACACACCAAGACAAAUCCCUGUAGACCCUACAUUACCUGGCAAUAAACCAGAUUCUGAUUCUGA